AUGAUGUCGGAGCUGUCACGAGAAAUUGGAGAAAUUUGGUCGCGUUUAUUUGACCAUCGUCCAUUUUUAAAUGGGGAAAUCAAGUUUAUGUUAAAAGAGUUCGAGGAAAAACGAGGUGAUCGUGAGGUAGAAAAUUUAUUUUCCAUAUUAGAAAAUCUAACUGACAUUAAAGAUACUCAAGUUGAAAAAAUAUGCAAAAAUGGUAAAACCACACUGCCAAUUUUAAGUGAAAAGUUGGAACAAAGUCUACAGCUUUGUGAAGAAAUUGAAAAAGAAUAUUCAGAGAUAAAAAAGGUGUGUAAGCAAAAGCAAACUGAAAAUCAGGAGAAAAGACAAAAAGAAUGGGAUCAAUUCAUUGAUGACAUGAAUUUUAAGUGUCAAAGAAUUGACAAUACAUUUGAAGAAAAAGAGGAAGAACUUAGAGAUUUAUAUGCAGAUUUAAAACAUAAAUUAAAUAUUACUGAUAAC